AACAUGCGUGUUAUCUCAUAGAUUGUUACCUUGACUUACUGAGGGCUUGAGUGGAAAAUGUAAUCAACCUUUUUAAAAACGAGCUAGUUAUUUGCUUUGCACAAAUACAUUUUUUAUUAAUGAGAAAGAUAAGAGAAUAUUUUGGCGUCAGUUCUUUCAAAUAACAGAGUAAUUGAAACUUUUAUCAGUUAAUGUGUUAAAUGAGCCGUGUAAAACGAUAUCAGUUGCUCCCGGACAGUGGAUAAUUGAAUAAACAUCCCCAAGAUAUAGCUGACAUAUGACCGUUGGUAUCCAAGUAGCUAUUAGGCGCUUGCUAUCACCGGAAAUUGUAAAUGUUAUCGUGAACAAACAUGUUUUCGGUCACGUUCAAACAGCAUGGUCUCUGUCGAACAGUAACUGCCUACACGUUAUCACUCAGCACCUAGUUAGUGGUAUAAAAUAGUCGAUACUUCUGUUCGUCUGAAAUCAUAUCUAGAACGAGUUCGACGAAUUCUUAUGUAGUGAUCGAAAAGUGACGAAAAUAGUUAGUAACUAUUGUCUUUCAUUGAGUGAUAGACGUUUUUUUGAGCGACGUCAUUCAACAACUGUGUACUAUAUAACGAUGGAAGAAGUUGGAACCGCUGGAAAUACUCUGGGACCUACAGAAAUAGACUCUGACGAACAGAGCACUUUUCUAAGGAUCUGCCGUACGGGAAGUAUCUACGAGCUGAUGGAAGUUAUACCUUUUAUCAAAGACAGGAAUCUACUACAUCGUUACGAUCGCCAUGGAAGACAGUGCAUUCAUACGGUAGCAUGGCAUGACAAAGCUAAUGCUGCCAUGAAAAUUGAAAUACUCAUGCAAUCUGGAGCCGACAUCAGUGCUAAAGAACUUGGAACCGGAAACACAUUACUUCAUAUUGCUGCCAGUACUGAAAAUUACCUACUGACCGACUGGUUUUGCCAACAGCUUGGGGUAGACCUUGGAGCCAACAAUGAUCAGCACGAAACUGCUUAUUAUCUUGCGUACAAGGUUCGAGAUCGAAAAAUGAUGAAGCUUCUAAGAGCCCAUGGAGUCAUGUAUAACGAUACUUUAAGUGCGGGACUGUUCUGAUAAUUUACAUGAUCUUUGACAUUAUAAA